AUGUUCCUCAACAAUGGCGCCCCGUCCCAGCUGGCGCUAGCUUCAUUCGACUUGAACGCACCGACAGCAAUCAGGAUUGAAUAUAAAGCGAGUACCAUUGAAAAGGCAGUCAUUCGACCUCUUUCUCUGGGCAUUACAGCGCAAGUCGAGAAUGAUACAAUCGUCUUUAAUCUCGAUCAACCGCGAGACUUGAUGAUAGAGAUCAAUGGAGACAAGUGGAAAGCGCUUCAUCUCUUGACGAACCAGAUCGACAAAGAUGCGCCAACGGCUGACUCGGAGGACAUCUGGUACUUUGGGCCGGGCAUCAAUCAGGGCUCGGCAUAUUCAAAAGUCGCCGAUGGGGUCAACUUGAUGGUUCCUUCAGGCAAAACAGUGUAUCUGGCUGGUGGCGCUUUCAUCACCUGUCGGCUGAAUUUCAUUGACGUUUCCAAUUCUUCUGUCCGAGGUCACGGGUUUAUCCUCGGGCCAGAGGGUGGGUACGUCUACCGAGAGCUUGGCGGCGCCAUCCACAUGAGCGGAGCCAGCAACAUUCAGGUUGAAGGGGUCACUUCUCUUGGCGCGAACGGCUUCAGUCUUUGUGCUGGAGAAUGUAACAACAUUCUUGUCAACAGAUACCGGUCCUUUUCAUUUGCAGGAAAUGGCGACGGAAUCGACUUCUUCUGCUCUUCGGACAUCACUAUCGCAAAUUGUUUCUUACGGAACUCGGAUGAUACCAUCGCGCUGUACUCCCAUCGCUGGAACUGGUAUGGUGACUCAAACAACAUCACGAUCCGCGACUGUGUGUUGCUGCCGGACAUCGCUCAUGCCAUCAACAUGGGUACACACGGCAACCCUGCCAAACCAGAGACCACCAGCAACAUUCGCAUAAGCAACAUCGAUAUCCUGGAUCACGAAGAGAAUCAGCUAUGGUACCAGGGGUGUAUCGCCAUCAACGCUGCUGACGAGAAUCUUUUCCACGAUAUCAAUAUCGAGGAUGUUAGAAUUGAGAGGAUCACGAAGGGGCAGCUUAUCAAUAUUCGUGUCAUGCAAAACGCGAUGUGGACUACUGCUCCAGGUCGCGGUGUUCGCGACGUUCACGUCAAGAACAUGUCGAUAAACCUGAAAGACUCGAAGGUUGUCAAUCCAUCAUUGAUAAUGGGGUAUGACCAAGAUCGGAUGGUGAAGAAUGUUACGUUCGAGAAUUUGAGGAUUGACGACGAAAUCAUACAUGAAGAAAUGCCGAAGCCUAAGUGGUACAUGGUGGAAGAUCUUGUGCCCCUUUUUGCCAAUGAACACGUCGAAGAGCUGAAUUUCAGUAGAUUAGCAGAAUAG